AUGAGUUUCGUUGGCUCCGGCUGUGGGGUCGUUGGAUCCGGCUGUGGGGUCGUUGGAUCCGGCUGUGGGGUCGUUGGAUCUGAAAAGCUGCGGACGGUCAGCAACGCCUUCAUCGUGAGCGGCUGCGUGUCCAACCUGCUCUCCGUUCACUGGAUGCUAGGUUUUAAGGAUGCGCUUCUGGUCCUCAGGACCACGGUUUCCCUUCUAUCCCAUUCCCUGGUCGCCAUUAAUCGGUGCAUAGUAAUCACUAAACCACCAGCAACACGUGUUCACCGGAGGAAGCACGUGGGAUGGAUGACCGCCGGCUCUCACAUCCUGUCCGCCGGGUCUCUGGUUUUAUGUCUUGGUGUUCAGAUGUCGGUUCUCCUCUACUGUUCCUUCAAAAUCUUCAGCAAUGUCCAAAGCAGCGUGAAGAGGGUCUUCAUCCUUCGGUUCCCGGCAGUUCAGAACAUCAGGAGAGACAGACACCCCGGUCGCCAUGUCCUGUCCGUCUGCUUUGUCUCUCUGAUCAACUGGAUUUUUCGCGAGGGCACAGUUUCCUGACCAUUUAAACUCCUCUCGUGGUUGAUGUUCUGCACAUUUUUUGUAACAAACUCUUUUCUGUUGAAGAAUGGGGAGUUCAUGAAGUCCUUUCAGUCAGUUCUGAAGGGCGAUAAGGAGGUUAUGAGGGGAGAUAAGGAGCUGUUGUCAGAGUAUUCCGUACUGCAAGUACUCCCUCUGACCCAAGUGGUGUGUACGGGGGACUAG